CAUCACUCUACGCCUUUCAUCCAUCUCAGUUGCGCGUCAUUCAUUUUUGUCGACUUUACGGUCUCCCUCCGCCCACCUUGGGUUUCCUUGUCUUGCAUAUAGACUGCUUUUGUUUUCUUCUAUUGUUGAUGAUUGAUGUCGGCCAACACUAACACAGACAUAUGGCUCGCCGGCGCAUUUGCCGCCUUCUCGGUCGACCUUCUGGUCUAUCCGUUGGACACCUUGAAAACUCGCCUGCAAGCCGAGAACUAUAAACAGUUGUACAAGUUGCCCAAUGGGUCAACCAACCGCUCGCUUUUCCGUGGCCUUUACCAAGGCGUGGGCUCCAUCAUCCUCAUUACCCUCCCCUCUUCUGGCGCCUUCUUCACCGCCUAUGAAGGCUUCAAGACAAUCCUCAAAUCCGAAACUGUAAUGCCCCCGAAUUCCACAAUCUACCUUCCCGAACCUGCCAUCCACGCCGUUGCGAGCAUAGGUGCGGAGCUCGUCAGUUGCGCCAUCCUGACCCCGGCCGAGGUCCUCAAACAAAAUGCCCAAAUGAUGAGCGCCUCCGGUGCGAGGUCCUCUAGUCUCCACACCUUCCAACAGUUCAAGAAACAUCCAACCAGAUUAUGGAGGGGCUACACUGCCCUCGCCGCUCGAAACCUUCCGUACACUGGUCUUCAGUUUCCACUCUUCGAAUACCUCAAGAAAGAUUUUCUCAAACGGAGAGAGGCUAGUCAGGGUGGAAAACCAGUAGACGGUAUUGUGGAAAGAGCUCUCAUCACUGCCGUGAGUGCUGGUAUUGCUGGCAGCGGCGCCGCUUGGAUCACGACACCAAUCGAUGUGGUGAAGACGAGAAUCAUGCUAGCAGCUUCCACAGAUGAUCCUGUUGACAACAGACCAAAACAGAGAGGAAUGCUGUUUGAGGGAAUCCAGGGGAACAGGAAGAGCGGCUUCACUGUUGCCGCCGAGGUCUUCAAGAAAGAAGGAAUUCAAGGUCUGUUCAAAGGCGCCUUGCUAAGGGCAGCAUGGACCACCUUUGGCAGUGGUUUAUACUUGGGCAUCUACGAAGCCGGCCGGUUCUACCUUGAAAGCACAAGAAAAGAAAAGGACGACGACUCGGAUCAUGUCAUGGAGCGAGAUUGGUCCAAGGUCAAAGUCGGCGUCCAGGGGAGUAGAUCACACGCCACGAUUCGCAAGAGCGGAUGGCAAGACGACUAAGCUUUGUUUUGCAACUCUUCUAAAUCACACCACACACACAAAAUGCAAGUCUGGACAGUCUGGAGUGAAUGAGGCAAAUCCUCAACAUGGAGUCCUCAGCAUGCUCCAUUCACCUUGAUGAGGGCUUCCAGAAGAUAUCUUCCGAAGGGUCUCACGACCAGCUGACCCCUUUCUGGUCCUCCAACAAUGUCUCUUGGACACGAAACCAUAUCAAGGCAGACAAAGCUUCAAUAUCCUAGCUGCCAUCGAUACUCGCUUCCCCAGCAGCAAGCUCCAGACUACAACUAUUUCACCAUCUCCUUCAAUGUGUCCUCAUAACGGGAAUGAUUCCUCAGAUAUUGUACAUAACGAAACUAAUGCAAUGUAACCCAAUCUAUG